AAACUUCAAACUUCAAAAGUAGGAAAAGUUCAACCAACUUGUUUACAACUUUGUUCUCGUAAUAACUUUAAUUGAUUACAAUUUACAGUACAAUACAAAUUAUGAUAAGACUGUCGCUAAUGAUAGCUACAGUAUGACUUGUUCCGUCGCUCAACCAGUGUCCAGUUCACUCUUUGUACAACAACCUAUAAUAAUUUACAAAUAACAUACAACUUCCUUCGUAAACCGUCGGUAAACAUCCAUUUGUGCUCGUUAAUUUCAUAUUUGAAUGGGUUCAAGAAUGGCUACUUCUCUCAAAGUAAUGCCCAAAAGUUUAUCAACAUCAGCGGAGAUGUCUCAGACAUAUCUCCUGUCUCCAGAGCAACACAAGUUCUACAAAGAAAAUGGAUACAUUGUUGUGAAGGGACUCAUUGACUUCUCCAUACUUUACGCCUGCAAGCAGAGGUUCAUCCAGAUAUGCAAGGGCGUGGUGGACCGCGGCAACAUCACCGUCAUGAAAGAGCUGUCUCUUAUCAACAGCGGCAAGACCGGGGAGCAACUCAUCAACAAGAUCCAAGACAUUCUCUACGACGAUGUCCUCUGCACCUACACCGAAAACCCUCGCCUUCUAGACGUGGUGUCCCAGCUAGUGGGUCCCAACGUGACCGCCAUGCACAGCAUGCUCAUCAACAAGCCGCCGCAGACCGGCCGCCACCCGCCGCACCAGGACCUAUACUACUUCCCGUUCCGGCCGGCCGACGCUAUCGUGGCCGCGUGGACCGCCAUCGACACAGUGACCGUGGACAACGGCUGCCUGUACGUGGUCCCGGGUUCACACCGCGCCGGGACGCUGUAUGAACACGACUACCCGCCUCCUAAAGGGGUGACAAACAAGAUGUACCACGGCAUAGUGGACGAAGACCGCGUGUCCCCGCCACAUGAGCGAGUCAACUUGGAGAUGUCACCUGGAGAUACGGCCUUCUUCCACCCGCUACUGGUGCAUGGGUCCGGCCCUAAUACUACACAGGGCUACCGCAAAUCAAUCUCCUGCCACUACGCGUCCAGCCACUGCCACUACAUCGACGUGCGCGGCACCGCCCAACAGAACAUAGCCAAGGAGAUAGAAGAGGUGUCACAGCGGAGAGGCAUCCCACUCAGCUUUAACGAAAUCUGGCAGUACCGGGCCAAGCAGGUCAAAGGAGUGAAGUGCAAUCUUUAAAUAUACUGAAUUAUAUAACUUUUUUAUUCCUAUUCCCACACUUGGAAACGUGAAAUUUAUAAAUUAUCGCUAUAAGUUUUGGAUAAAACUAUAAAAACUUACUUUAUGGAGAUGGAAUAACGAAUUUGUACAUGACAUUGUAUGUAAUAUUUUAUCGACAAUUUCAAAUUUUGACAGGGUAGGGUACAUUAUACAUGGUGCACAAUUUCUUGCAUGUACUAAAUUUAUACAAUUUAAUCGUUCGAUUUAAAUUGAAUUUGGGUGUUUAUGAUCGUGAACUGGUGACGGAAAAGUAAUAACUAGAUAUAAGCACAGUGAAAUUAUAUUAUUUACUAAAUAAGUUACCCAUAUGAAAUGUAUACUAAUAUUGUAUAUGAUUAAUGAUUGGAAAUUUCAUACUUUCCUUGUAGCAGUACCUAGUAUGUAAAAUAUGCUUUAAUAUACACAGGGAUAUAUAAUACUUAUACUAAACAUAUAAAGUUAACGAUUAAAUGAAAUUAACUGACCCCAUAGCAUGAAUUUUCAUCAUGAACGUGAAGUUGAAUUCAUCGAGUAAUUUUGUAUGAAAAUAUGAACUGCCCCUGGCGGUCGAAAAUUUCCCUACAAAAUUCAUCGAGUAAUUUCACAUCACGUUCACUAUGAAAAUUCAUGCUAAGGGGUCUGUACUAUAUUUAGGUAUUUACAUCCUAUGUGAUAGAUUUUAAGGAAGACAUUUAAAUGUAAUUUCUUUAAGCAAAUUGGUAUUGUGAUAUUUUAUAAUAAAGAUUAUUUUUAUCGGUGGUUGAAAAA